AUGUAUUGUACAUUAUUCAAUACUAUUGUUUUGUUUGCAAUUAUUCAUCAAUUGAUAGCUUCUGAAUGGAACUAUGGUAGCGAAGGACCAGAUGUUUGGAGUGAUAUAAAUCCAUUAUGUGCCGGGCAUUCUCAAUCUCCAAUCAGCAUUACAACAGCAUGUACAGCGUACAAAAAAUUCUCACCUUUUGCAUUUUCAAAAGCUUACAGUGAAGCACAAAAUUUCAAAAUUAUAAACACUGGUCAUACUAUAAGCGGUACAUACACAGGCAGUGAUUCAUCAAUCUUUACAUUAACUGGAGGUGAUUUAACUGGGUCAUACGUAUUUUCUAGUUUUCAUCUUCAUUGGGGUGAAAAUUAUAAAUCAGGAAGUGAACAUCAAAUAAAUGGAGAAAAAUAUGCCGGUGAAGUACAUUUCAUACAUAUCGAUCCAACGACAGGACAAACAGCUGUACUUGGAAUGUUUAUACAAAGUAAAAUUCAGGCUAUUACAGUAGAAUCAAGAAAACGAAAGCGUGAUCCUUCAACCACCACCACUGCAAUUCCAACAUCAACAGAAUGGGAUAAAUAUCUUUUAGCAGCUGAAACAUUACAAGAAGUUAAUGAAUCAGUUGUCGUUAGUUUAAAUUUAGCAUCAUUAUUUACUGGUGAUUUAAACACAUUCUGGCGUUAUACAGGUUCAUUAACAACACCUCCCUGUACUGAAGGUAUUAUUUGGACUAUAUUUAAACAACCUAUUGCUGUAAAUGAUAAUCAACUUGUACUUUUACGAAAUAAUCUUUAUACAAAAGAUUAUCGUGGCCCUCAACCAUUAUACAGUCGAUUGGUAUAUCGAAGUUUUCCAAUUGAAGCAUCAUCAUCAAUAGCUGAUUAUAUGUGUUGUUGGAAAAAGAACUAA